UUUAUCGCCUCUAUAGAAAUUUGCAUCCUCGACAUUCAAAAUGGUAGCGAAAGUGGGCGAAUGUCGUCGCUCGUAUCAUAACCUUCAUAACGGACGUGGUUGAGAAUAACAAUAACAGCAACAAACUAAUAAUGAAUUCUGCGAGCAAGGUCGGCGAGAUCUUCGCCGCAGCCGGAGUGGCUUUCAACAAGCUGGGUGAGCUGACGAUGCAACUGCAUCCUACAUCUGAUUCUCUAGCAGGUAAAUGGGCUGACGAGGAUAUUGAGAUGCUCCGUCAGUCGGUCAGGGUCUUCAGUGAAGAAUUGAGCAGAAUAAGCGAGCACAUCAAGAGUCGGACGGUCUCUCAGAUCAGAACCACUUUGAAAAAGAAGGCGUUUGAGGAAGCGGGAAUGACUGUCAGGCAGCAACAGAUUCUACCUCAGCAGGCACAACCAUCUGCAUUAGUUCAACAACAACCAGUUGCAAAGCAACAGUCGACAUCAGGAAAUCAGGGUCUGAUGGGAAAAUCUGCGGAAGUCACGCUGAAUAUGUUAAACGCGCCUGAGACAGAAGUAGACGUUGAGGGACUUCCCGAGGAAUGUCAAGUAAAGCUCGAAUUUGAAGAAGGCGCUACCGAAGAAGUCACUGGUUAAAUUAAUUCAUUUGUUCAUAAGUAAAUAGCUAAAGACCUGGUGAUACCAUCUUCAUUUCCUUAUCAUCUAAUUGUUCAUUAAACAUUCGAAUUUUAACUAGUUUUAAGCAUCAGACUCAUUAAGCUCAUAAGUUACCUUUUUGCAAUAAAUGUAUGAAAAUUUAA